AUGGCGGCCUCCCUGGUUAGGAGAAGACGAUGUCCUGGCUUGGCGGUCGUACUGCAGGCUCGGAAAUGGGUAUUUGGCUCCACAUCGCUGAGAUAUGCUUCCGAUGCAGGGAUAUCCAAGAUCGAGAAAGUCCUUAUUGCAAACCGAGGGGAAAUAGCAUGCAGAGUAAUGCGGACAGCAAAGAAGAUGGGUGUGCAAUCAGUGGCUGUGUACAGUGAAGCAGACAGGAAUUCCAUGCACGUCUCUCUGGCAGAUGAAGCCUAUCUUAUUGGUCCUGCUGCUUCUCAACAAAGCUAUCUCGCCAUGGACAAAAUAAUGCGUGUGGCUAUGUCAUCAGGUGCUCAGGCUAUUCACCCAGGUUAUGGUUUCCUCUCUGAGAACACUGAAUUUGCAGAACUGUGUAAGAAAAAAAAUAUCAUUUUUAUUGGACCUCCUUCGUCUGCUAUUCGAGAUAUGGGGAUUAAGAGCACUUCAAAGUCAAUUAUGUCUGCCGCGGGAGUCCCAAUCAUAGAGGGUUACCAUGGGGAAGAGCAGUCUGAUCAGCAUCUCAAAGAACAAGCCAAGAGGAUUGGCUACCCGGUGAUGAUCAAAGCUGUCCGUGGUGGAGGUGGUAAGGGUAUGAGAAUUGCAAGGUCUGAGGAAGAGUUUGUGGAGCAACUGGAGUCUGCUCGUAGAGAAGCAAGAAAGUCAUUUAAUGAUGAUGUCAUGUUGAUUGAAAAAUUUGUGGACAACCCAAGACAUGUAGAAGUCCAGGUGUUUGGGGACCAGCAUGGAAAUGCUGUCUAUUUAUUUGAAAGAGAUUGCAGUGUUCAGAGAAGACAUCAGAAAAUCAUAGAGGAAGCGCCUGGGCCUGGAAUCAGUCCUGAGGUCAGACAGAAACUCGGAGAAGCUGCUGUCAGAGCUGCAAAAGCAGUCAACUAUGUGGGUGCAGGCACAGUAGAAUUUAUUAUGGAUUCACAACAGAAUUUCUAUUUCAUGGAGAUGAACACCCGACUGCAGGUAGAGCAUCCAGUCACAGAGAUGAUCACUGGAACUGACCUGGUGGAGUGGCAGCUGCGAGUGGCUGCUGGGGAAAGGAUCCCUGCAACACAGGAAGAGAUUACUUUGAAUGGCCAUGCAUUUGAAGCUAGGAUAUAUGCAGAAGAUCCUAACAAUAACUUCAUGCCUGGAGCCGGCCCACUUCUACAUCUUUCUACUCCACCUGCCGAUCUUUACACUCGCAUUGAAACUGGAGUCAGGCAAGGUGACGAGGUUUCUGUACACUACGACCCCAUGAUUGCCAAAUUGGUGGUCUGGGCAAAGGAUCGGCAAGCAGCACUGACAAAACUAAGAUAUUGCUUACGGCAGUACAAUAUUGUAGGGCUGAGCACCAAUAUUGAUUUCCUCCUUAGUCUCUCUGGACAUCCAGCAUUUGAAGCAGGGGAUGUACAUACCAGUUUUAUCCCCCAGCAUUAUAAUGAGCUGUUUCCUCCUAAGAAAGGAAUCUCUAAUCAGAUGUUGUGCCAGGCUGCUCUGGGUCUCAUUCUGAAGGAGCAACUAUUAACCAAUGAGUUUAAUGUGCAUUGGGAAGACAAAUUCUCUCCAUUUGCUUCUGGCAGUGGCAGAAGAAUAAAUAUUUUAUAUACCAGGAACCUCACAUUGCUGGAUGGAGACAACCAAGUGGACUUGAAAAUCAAUUACAACCAUGACGGCUCAUUUGACAUGCAGGUUCAGGAUAAGGUUCUGCAGAUUUCGGGAGAACUUCUGAAUGAAGGUGGCAUGACAUUCCUAAAAUGCUCUGUGGAUGGCACAAUUUGUAAAUCCAAGCUCAUUAUCCUUGAUAACACUAUCCACCUCUUCUCAAUGGAGGACAGUGUCCAGUUAGAUAUUCCUGUUCCCAAAUUUCUCUCUGAAGUAAGCACCUCAGGAAGUCAAGGAGGGGCUGUAGCACCCAUGACUGGAACAAUAGAAAAGGUGUUUGUAAAAGUUGGAGAUAAAGUAGAAGCUGGAGAUCCACUGAUGGUCAUGAUUGCUAUGAAAAUGGAGCACACAAUACGAGCACCCAAAGCAGGCAUCAUCAAAAAGGUUCACUUCAAAGAAGGUGUACAAGCCAGCCGACAUGCUCCACUUGUCGAGUUUGAAGAAGACUCAGAGUGA